UGUACAUCCCGUAAAACCCUCAUCCACCAUGUCCCCCUCACCAUCGUUACCAACACCGCAUACCCCCCUGCGGCAAACCCUGCGGCAAACCCUCCAGCACCGCGCCCGCAACAACACCCUCCGCAAACUGACCCUCCCCGCCUCAAAUGCCACCGACUUCUCCUCGAACGACUUCCUCUCGCUCGCCACGAACCCCCUCUACCGCGCCCGCUACCUGCACCACCUAACCACCCUCCCACCCUCCCACCCGCUCGCCAGCGGCGGCUCGCGCCUCCUCGACGGCAACUCCGCCUACACCGAAGCCCUCGAAUCCUUCCUCGCAAACUUCCACCACAGUGAAUCCGCCCUCCUCUUCAACAGCGGCUUCGACGCCAACUGGGGGGUGCUCUCCACGCUCCCGCAGCCGAAUGAUCUGAUUCUGUACGACGAGGCCAUCCACGCCAGCGCCCACGAGGGCAUGCGGCGGUCCCGCGCCGCCCAAGCCCUGGCGUUCCGGCAUAGCUGCCCCGAAAGUCUUCACGCGGUGCUCAGCGCUCAGAUCGACGCGGACCCGGGCUUGCGGGACGGGGCCCGGAAUGUGUUUGUGGUGGUGGAGAGCGUGUACAGUAUGGACGGGGACGUGGCGCCGUUGGCCGAGUUUGUGGCCGUCGUGGAUGCGCUCCUGCCUCGCGGGAAUGGGUAUUGGGUCGUGGAUGAGGCGCAUGCCACCGGGGUGUGUGGGCCCAAGGGGGCCGGGGUGGUGCAGGGCUUGGGGUUGGAGGGACGGAUGUUUGUGCGGGUGCAUACGUUUGGGAAGGCGCUGGGGUGUCAUGGUGCGGUCGUGCUGUGUGAUCCUGAUACAAGGGAGUAUCUCAUCAAUUACGCGCGGAGUCUGAUUUAUACGACCGCGCUGGGGUUUCCAUUUCUCGCGGCGAUCCGCACGGCGUAUGAGUUGUUGGAGGGUGGGGAGACGGUCGAGUUGCAAGAAACGCUGCACCAGCGGAUCCGGUAUCUCCGGGAGCGAUUAAGCGCGAUCCAGCCGGUCGACGCGACGCUGUUCGCCCUGGACCACCAUCCGGGGUCCCCGAUCUUCUCGCUGCGGUGCGCCUUGCCGCGGCGACUGGCUGCCGCGUGCCAGGCCCGCGGGUACGUCGUGCGCGCCAUCUUGCCGCCCACGGUUCCGGCGGGCCAGGAGCGCGUGCGCGUGUGUCUCCAUGCGGGGAAUACGGAAGACGAGAUUGAUGGGCUGGUGGAGACGAUCGUGGAGUGGUUGGAGGAGGCGCAGGGCGAGGCGCAGAUGCAGGUUGCCAAGAUUGCGCGGUUGUGA